AUGUAAUAGUUUUCAACCUAAAUUGAAUUUUAAGAAGACUUUGAUUUUAAAAAUUCAGUUUUACUUGGUUAAGGAACAUUUGGAAAGGUCUUUAAAGCUAAGGCUGUAAAAUCUUUACCUCAAGGGUAUUAUGCUUUGAAAAUAAUUGAAACAUAAAGGUAUACAAUUUUAUAGCUUAGCGAAUAGGCUUAUGAGUUGGCUAUUUAAGAAUUAAAUUUGUAUUCAGCAAUAACGUAUCACUAGAACGUUAUUAAGGUUUACAAAGUUUAUUCUUGGAAAGAUGAAAUGCCGUUUAGAAAAUUUGUAUUAGUGUUUGCAAUGGAAUUAGCAAUAAAUAGUCUUAGAUAGGAUAUAGAAGAAAGAAGAAAAACAUCAAAAGAAUAUGGAGGUUUAUAAUAUUUAUUAUUUAUAUUAGAUAUGUUGAUAAUAGAUAUAAUGAAUUAAUGUUUAAGAGCAUUUCAUUAUUUGGCAAAGAAUAAACAUUUAUUUCAUAGAGAUAUAAAACCAGAGAAUAUAUUAGUUACAAGUUUAUAACCAUAUACUGUAAAAUUAGCUGAUUUUGGGGCUGGGAAAGAGAAUUUUCAUGGAUAAGCAAUGUUAAAUACUUUAGUAGGGACACCUUUAUUUUUGUCACCCAAGUUAUAUGUUGCUUAUUCUUUAAAUUAACCUGGAAAAGUGAAGUAUAAUAUAUUCUAUUAAAGACAUGAUUUAGAAAAGAGUGAUGUAUUUUCUUUGGGUAUAACUUUUUUACAAAUGAUCUUAUUACUUAAUGAUAGAGAUUUGUCAAAAUUAAAUGAUCCUAUUAUAUAUGAUGAUAAAACUGGUGAGCCUAUUGAUACAAGUGAAGAAUUUGCUUUGAGAAAAGAUUGUUAAGGAUGGAAAAAACUAUAAAAUCAUAUAAAUAUUAUUAAACAUCCUUCUAUUAAAGCAUGUAUAUAUGGAAUGACAGAAUUUAGUGAAAGAAAUCGAUUUACAUGGUUCUAAGCUUUAACUACUUUAGAUCCUGAUUUCAAGGAUGAGUAAAUUAACAAAUAAAUUUAGUGAGAAACUAUAGAUCCAGAAACCAAUAUAAUCUAAUGAGUAAAAAAAGUAAUAGGUUAUAUAAUCUUAUUCAAAUGAAAAUACUACACUUAAAUUUUUAGGAACUCUGAAUGAUGAACAUUAUCAUGAUAAGAUUAUAUCAGCAGGAAAUCAAAUUCUGUCUCAUUCAAAAGAAGGUGUAAGACUUAUUUCAAUUGGAGGUACAGUAGAAUGGAUUUUUAAUCAACGUAUUAAUAUAUUAUAAAUAUAGAUGUUAUUUAUUUAUCUUAUCUUCCUUCACUAGAUAUUUGUGUAGGAUUAACAAUGUCUGGAGAAAUAUUUGGAAUAAAUCUAAAAAAUAAAUCAUUUCUUUGUGAAAGAAUCAUACAUUUUCAAUAUGAUACAAUAACUGUAUGAAUUAUUGUAUAAGGUUUUAGGUUAUGAAAUAUAUGAGGAAGGAUCUCUGUAUAUUGGGAACAAAGUUUGGAGAAAUUAUGAUAUUAGCAUUUGAUACUUAACCUCCAUGUGUAAUUAAAAAAUACAAAGAAGUUGAUAGAGCAGUUUUAGAUUUAGUAUAUGAUGAUGAAGUCAAAUAUAUAAUAUCAACACAUGAAAAUUCAGUUAUCUUUUGUAAAUAUUUAGCAUAUGAAUAAUCGUAAUUAUAUAUUCCUAUCAUAUAGAGCUAAAUAUAUUUAUGAAACCUAAUUGACUAAUUUAAUCUUGAUAUCAUCUGAGUAUUUUACAGGAACAACAAAAGACUAAUCAGAAAUUCCUAUGUUUUAAAUUAAAGAUGGUAAUUAAAAUACAAUAAUAUAAGGUAUAAUAAAUUUAGUUUAAAUAUAUCAAAUUCAUAACAAAACAAUACCUUUAGCUUUAACAAUGUCAGAUAUUUACCUUGUAUGGGUGAGUUAAAAAUUCAUAGGGUCAAUAUAAGUAGAUGGUGAUCUUAGUAAAUUAAAUGAAGAAAAGGGUAAAGAAUUAAUUGUUAAUGCUUCAAAACCAGCUCAUUUAUUAACAACAUUAUAGAAUGGAAAAAUAAUUGCUGCUAGUGAUGGAAUUAAAUUACAUUUAUAUUAAAUAGGUAUUUAUAAUAUAAUAAAAUUUAGUAUCUCAAAAUUGUGAAAUAUUCUGA